UGGGUGGGGCGAGCCUCCGCGCGGCGCGGUUGCCUAGGAGACCGAUGGGCUGCAGCAGCAGCUGCCGCUGGACAGGAAAGCUGCUGGAGCCUGGUGGUUGAAGUUACAGUUGAGGCGAUGGCGCACGAAGGCCCGAGGCAGGUCCGAGACCGCGGGGUGACCCGAUCCAAGGCGGAAAAGGUGCGGCCACCUACGGUUCCGGUGCCGCAGGUGGACAUCGUGCCUGGGCGGCUCACUGAGGCCGAAUGGAUAGCGUUCACGGCUCUCGAAGAGGGCGAGGACGUGGUGGGCGAUAUCUUGGCCGAUCUGGUGGCCCGAGUCAUGGAGUCCGCCUUUAAAGUCUAUCUGACCCAGCAGUGCAUUCCAUUCACCAUCAGUCAGGCACGGGAGGCCAUGCUGCAGAUCACCGAGUGGCGCUUUUUGGCUCGGGACGAGGGAGAAUCUGCAGAGGACCCCACAUGGGGCGAGGAUGAGGAGCCCUUGGCUUGCACGACGGAUGCCUGGGCUCAGGGAUCCGUGCCGGUGCUGCACGCCCGGGCCUCGGUGGGGCUGGAGGAGACGUUUCAAGGCGAAGACCAAGAGAGCAUGGACCAGAUCCCUUUAGAAGGAUCGUGGACGGAUUCAGGCUCUCAGGAGCGGAUGGAAUCUUGGGAGCUCACAGUCACCCCGGGCUCUCGACCCCCGCCCGAGUUGCUUCAGGAGACAGGGCCCCAGGGUCCUUUAGAGAAACUGGGUGACCAGUCGAGGGACGACCAGACUGACCUGUUUGCAGCCGGAUCCUGGAACUCCAGCAGCCAACUGUCGAUGGAGAUGGCGCCGGCAGGCAGUACCCACGCUUCUCUGGAGCUGUCCUUGGUAGCCAGCCCUGAGGCCUCUGUCGAGCGAGCACAGCCCAUCAGCUCUCAGUUCUCCCUCGAGAACCUCUACGAGUGCACGCCCCAGCCGCACGCGGCUGGAGACGGGCCGGAGCUCAGAGAGGAGAAGGUGCCCCUCAUCUCCUCGCGGGUGUUGGUGUCCGAUCCCUCCGCGGGCGGCGCCACCACGCUCAGCCCCUCGGCCGGAUUCCAGCCACAGCCGCCUUGGCUGGCUGACGAGCGGCCCAGCGCACUUCACUCCAGAAUCGGCCGUAAGAGGGCGACGGCGCGUCUGGACCCCGCGCGGCUGCCGCGCCCCUGGGUGCGCCCGCUGUCGAAGGUCCUGGUCCCAGACUCGGAGGGCCGUCCGCUGGAGGCCUACAGGGGGCGCCAGCAGGGCGAGAAGACCGAGGCCCCAGGCGGACCGCAAGCCUACGUCUCCCGGUCAGAGUUCUUCCCUUUCCCACCGGGCGUUCCUGUCCGAGCUUUGAGCUCCGGUCUCAGCCUCCAGUUCCCUACUCUAAGCUUAGGCCUACCGUCGCCAGGCUUUGGUUCAAAGCUUCCCUUCCCCAGUCCCGGGCUCCGUUUUCUCGCCACACACCGGGCGCGCCCGGACUUGGCACGCAGCCCCAGCCCCAAACUGUGGCCGGGUGCUAAGUGGCCCAGCGGCUGGGAGGGGGAGGCUGAACUGUUGGGUGAGCUCUGGGCCGGCCGCACCCGUGUACCUCCGCAGGGCCUGGACCCUGGGGACCGGGAGAGCCAGGAUCCUCAUCAGUGCCUUCAUCCCGUGCCCCAAGUUCUGGAGGCCACGUCCCAGGUGACGUGGAAACCUGUGUUGCUGCCGGGAGCACUGAAGCUGGCUCCCGGUGUGAGCAUAUGGAACCCAAGUACGCAGGUGCUGCUCAGCUCCGCUGAGCCUCAACGGGACGGCAGAGAAGGCAGCGCCUCUCCUCCCAUCCAUACAGGUGCCCCGAAGCCCCAGGUGACUGUGGCCCAGCUGAUGAACUCAGCCGUCAAAUUGUGGUCACUCCCCUCCAAGCGCCUGCCCCAUUCUAAGCCCUAGGCAGUGGGAAUUCUACCUUCCUUCUGUCUGCUUGCCAGAAAUAAACAGCUGAGUUGCCUUAAGAA